UCCUCAACUCCCCUGCAUUUGCUUUCAUAUAUAUAUUUUAUCAAAAUCUCAUAGAGAAAACAAACCAAUAUAACUCCCCAAGAGACACAAAAAUGCAGGAAGAUCCUCAAGCCAAGUCACUGGCACCCAUUGAAGAUCAUCCAAGAAGCGACAUGGAGUUUGGGGGUAUUAAACCCAAAGCGUUCCAACGAGAUGAAAAGAGCAGCAAAUGUCUUGUUUACAUUCUGGUUAUCAUGGUCAUCCAGGGAUCGAUCCUUUUGGUAUUCGCAAGCUAUUUUUUACGUGCCCGAACGCCUGGUUUCGAGAUCGGAUCCGUCGCAGUUAGAAAUCUCAAGUAUGGUAAUUCAUCGGCUCCAUCAUUUAACUUCACGCUCGUGACCCAAGUCACCGUUGAGAACACCAAUUUCGGAGAUUUCAGGUUUGAUAACAGUACGGGGAGUAUUUGGUGUGGGUCUGAAGUUGUGGGGCUAAUGAAAAUACCUAAAGGGAGAGCUCAAGCUAGGGCAAGUGAGAGGAUGAAGGUUUCUAUACAAGUGAGCUCUGUCAGGUUAUCUGAUGCAAACAACUUAGCUAGUAACAUGAGCUAUGGAUUGUUAGAGCUUAAAAGCUAUGUUAAAUUGAGCGGAAAAGUGAAUAUAAUGAAUAUUAUGAAGAGAAGAAGGAACCCUGAGAUGAAUUGCUUUAUGAAACUUAAUUUAACAGGGAACACCAUACAGGGUUUAAAAUGCGACUGAUAUGAAUGAAGGGUCUUUAUUUUGGUUUUUGCAGACUUGUAACUGUUUCAUUAUUAUAAGAACACAAUUUUUGUUAAUGGUUGGAAAUAUAAAAUAAUUCUUUGAUUCAUGAAUGAUAUUACUACCAA